AAAAUUUCUUCCGGGUUGUAAAAUCUUCACGCUUGACCCAGAAAAAAGAGUUUUAAACUUCAGAUUAAUAUGUGGAACUGAAGCAUUCAGGUCUUAAUUGCAUGUUGUUGGUAACUUUAGAAAAAGGUUAAAGGAAUAUUUAGUGAUUCAGUCUACAGAAAGAAAACAGGUUUUCGUCUGCAAGGAUGAUGCUCCGUUUUGAUGUUUGAUGACAACUAAAACGAUGAGAUAAAUGACAGGGACAAACGAUGAAUGUCCGUUACAUAUUAGCGUGUCUAUUUGUGGUGAAACACGUGAUUCCACAGAAUGCUCAGGAGAUCAACGGGGACAUUCUGGCCAGAGAGUUAAAUAAAGUGGCGGAUUCUGUCGGAUGGUCUUUUCUACAGAAUGAGUACAACAAGUUGCGGUACCUGGAGACGAAACCUGAUGGGGAUAGGCUAGUUAAAGAGAUUGCUGAAAAAAUUGCUGGACGAAUGAAAGAAGUGGACAAUGCUUUAACGAAGCUAAAGGAAGCUGUAGAGGGAGACCAGCUGUCGUCUGCUAAUGUCCCACAGGACUGCUGUGUAGAUGGCGAGUACCAGGAAAACGUCCGCUUCAGAACUCACGUGUCUGAAGAGACGUUUUGUUACAUUAGACCUAGCUAUGUGAGUGGAGAUGACAUCAAAUUCCCAACCACGAAAGUAUUGGAUGCAAUGAAAGCUAACUUGAAUGUGAAACAUCUACAGUUCCAGUACAUUGGACUUAAGACCGGUCUAUUCAUCAACUAUCCUUCCACCAGACUGAGAGACUGUGACUCAUACGAUCCACGGUUUAGGCCCUACUUUGUGUCAAGUACAGCGACAAUCCCACGAGAUGUCGUUGUGGUUCUGGAAACUUCCGCCUCAAUGAGGGGAGAUAAACUCUUCGAGGCUAAACAUGCUGCCCUAACAGUUAUGGAAACGUUGGGUGUAAAAGAUAGGUUUGGUCUGGUUGUUUUUAAUGACGAAGCGAGUACUUUAGGAGGAUGCUAUGGUAAUCAAGUUGUCCCCGUGACUAGUACAACCAAGAAGAGUUUCAGAGACUUUCUCAACUCCCAACAAGCUCAAGAGGGAGCCGACUAUGGUGUCGCCCUCCGAAAAGCGUUUGCCUUACUUAAGGGAAAUUCUAGUGUAGAAGCAAAGGACCGAGAUCAGAUCCUUUUGUUUGUAAGUGAUGGUAGAGAUAACAGUGGCACUGAAGAAAACCCUCUAGAAGUAAUACGAGAUGAAAACGAGGCGCUAAAUAACAAUGUCGUAAUCAACACAUAUGGUAUAGGCACAGGAAUAAAUAGCAACGAGAAACAACUGUUACGAAACAUGGCAGAACAGACUUUGAACAACAAUUCAUACGGACAUGUUAAGAGAGGACAAUAUGAGUUCAUUACAGACCUUAAGACCUCCUCCCUGCGAAAGGUCAUGGGAACCUACUACAAAUACGAUAGUGUACCCAAAUCACCGUCCCCGACCUACACACAACCUUACAAAGACUUCUUCACCAAUGAAUCAGUCAUCACAGGUUGUCUGCCGUUUGCUUUAAAUGGAGGUUUUCAUGGGGUUGUGUGCGCGGAUAUUUUGAUAAGCAAAUUAGUGGCUGAGAUUUUAUAUCUCAAACACGGAGAGUUUAUCUAUGCAUUCAUCAUUGAUGGCGAGGGACGGACAUUGGUUCAUCCUCUACUUCCGGAUCCCCGUGACGUCAUAGCACAAGAACAGGACAUAAAUAACAUCAACAAUUUUGAGACUUCCGGUGAUGUGUCUGAGGUCAUUGAUUCCAUGAAAAAGGGGUCAAAGGGACAAAAACCUUUAGAUACAGAUAUCCUAGAAACUAGAGGACAAAAAUAUCUAGACGGCGACUCCAAGCGUACCAUGAAAGCUGUUUUCUACUGGACUGCGAUAGUUGCACCAGGAAGCAAUUUUUCACUUUGUAUUGUGAUGGAAAAAGACAACACCGUGAGUGAUAUAGAAAACUUAAAUAAUCCCAUCUCCGGGGACUUUGUUUACCAUCGCUGGGAUUUGAACCGGUGGCCGGCUCCAUUCUGUAGGCAUUUUAGUAGAUAUGCCACACAAGCCAAAACCACAGUAAAGCUGACACCAGACGCUUUCAAGGAGGCAUCCUUAUAUACCGGAGUCAAGGAAACGGGAGUCAGGGUCAAACAGUUGAAAGACUAUAUAUCUGGAGACAUCACAACAAACCCAGGCUUAAAAACAUCAGCAAUUAAAUCCAUACGGCUAACGUACCCCAUGGAAAAGUUGUGGAUGACGACGUCAAAGGAAGAGGCUCCGUACUUAGUGUGGCGUUACGUCAUGACGGAAGACGGAGUACAAAGACAGUACCCAGGAGUACGACUGACGGACGACUACGAUCACAAACUUAGACCAUGGUACCAUAGAACUAUUGCGCAGAAGACAAUAAAUGUAGUGUCGGCCCCCUAUGAAGAUUCUUGGGGGUCAGGGAAAAUUAUCUCUCUUACAAGAUCAAUAUUAAAAGGUGGUACAAAUACUGGAGGGAAAGUCGAAGCUGUGAUAGGUACAGACUUCUCAAUUUAUUUUUUCAAUCAGAUGCUAGAGGACAUAUAUCCAAUAUGUGCUGAUAGGACCAGAUACAGUUGUAUCCUGAUCGACAACAGUGGGUUCCUUGUGAUGCACCCUUAUUAUAUAGAAACGACAUCCCCGAUAGAAGGGCAGAUUCACAUAACACACCUAGAAGGAAAGAUUUCACGUUCGCUGAGACAUAAAGGAACAAUGUACAAACAACCGUGUAGAGACACGGGGAACAAAAAGGAACAGUUCACAUACAGGGUGGAACUAGAGGGAGCUGAUCUUGGUGGAAUAAUCGAUUCAGAGAAUGGAUAUGAACUACGUCCGGUGUCUGGCUCAAACGUGUUCCUUAUACUAAAAAAGAGAAGUCCGAACGAUGAGGACAAAUGUUGUGACUCAGAGUACUACGUGUCCCCUAGUUCUAUACCGUGUGGUACGGAAAAAUGUUCUUGCCUGUGUUACAAAGAGCUUUCUUUCAACGAAUGCAGGAAUGAAUACAACAUAACGAGCGGCUUUGUCCCGUGUAGUUCUCAGUUACCAACCCUGAGGUCAGUUAGUACACCUGAGGAAGAUAAAACUAGGAAUCUACCAACGUGCUUUCCUACCGACUGCGCAUGUCGAAAAACUGAAAGGGAGUGUUUCCGUACAUCAGGCUGUUCCUGGUGUAAGAGUGAUAAAAAUGGGAACCUGGUCAAUGGAUUCUGUGAUCUGAAGGAAAUAUGCCCAUCCCAGCAGUGUCUGAAGGAUGUGUGCAGUAGAAAGAACUGUGGGCCGCCUAAAUGCAAGAAUCCACCGUGUGAUGAUGUGUCCAAUGUAGUUAUAUAUGCAAGUGCAUCAGGGGGUGCGGUAGUGGUUGUGAUUCUGAUAAUUAUUGUCGUUUGCAUCAUUCGAAAAAAGAAGACAGGUGGACACGACGACACAUACCUUGACGCAACCCACGAAGUCACUAUUUUCAACAAGCCGAUGUCAGAUUGUAUUGACUACAACACUGCUCCAAACUGCUACACGUCCACGUUAAGCGUUACGUCCGAGGAAAGCGUUAACACAAAUGCCAGUUAGAGGCUGGUCAUAUAUGAGUGAACUCUCUUUACAUUUGUAUUCCAUCUAAUGAGAUCAUUAUAUUAACAGUUAUGUGGUAAUAAUAAUAAGGUAUCACCAUUGUAUUUUGCAUGGUAUACAUGUCAAGCCAUCCCGAAAGCUGUAGUAGGGAUUUUUUUUGAACUUGAUUUAAAUCUUUUAGGUGACAAAGUAUGCGGGUUACAAACAAAACUUAUUUGACUUGUAUUCCAUUGUUGAGUCUAAAGAGAAAGCAUUCACAUUCACAAACCCUCCGUGAACAAUCCACAGUUGUACUAGCACCACUGUGUAUUCACAUGCAUUUUUGACCUAACGUUAUGUACAUAAUAACAAAUACCAUUUAAUUUGUGUUAUAACGAACUUAACCAUAAACUGUUAUAUUUAAUGUAAUAUCUGAGACAGACGAUGAUGUUCAAUGAGAAAAUAACUAACUAUAAUCGAUAUGAUAUAAGAAUCAUUAUAUGUUAGAACAUACCCACAACGUCCCCAACGUGUGUAUCGUUGAACUUCUAUUUGGCAUCAACAUUUGAAUUAUAUUUUAUACUAGAGUAACUUUUAAAUUUUAAUUUUUUACUUUUCAACUUGUUAUUGUACAUCAUGAACAAUCCUUAAAAUUGUAAGAUACAUGUUGUAUAGACGUUGUUAAAUUGUAUUAAUAUUACGCAUGUUUAUUGAUAUAUGAAUAAACCAAUUUAUUCCAA